AUGGAAGAGGUACCAAAAACCAUUGCCGUCAUGGAUGAUGUAUCAGAGAAUGCCGACGACACUCUCCGAGCCAAAAAACAAAAUGCGGAUGGUCAUCGUCGUGGAAUCAGCAACUUGUCCUCGGAUCCUAUCGUCUUUGAUCCACUGCAAGCAUCGGCAGCGACUGCAAAACAUCCAUUGAAGAGAGGUAUCUCGAUUGAAAGUGAUGCAAAGCAAUCACUUGCCGAAGCUGCACGUUUGCGUAUAGAACACAAUCGUGUCAACACAAGUGAGAACCAGAAGAUCACACUGGACAACCUCUUACAGAAUAAUCAAUACGAGCACGAGGCCACAACUCACAUUCUGAAGACCCUCGAAGAACAGCUUGACUCGUCCCAGGCGUUUGAAACAUCUGUAUUAGAGGGCAUUUCCGACGACGCCAGCAAGGCGUUGGAAGAAUCUAGCUCAGCGCAGAAGCUAUCGACCACCGGUCACGCUACUACUCGCACCCAAGAUCGGAAGCCACUCUUGAGCUCGAGACCAAACCAUCGACGUGCAAUGACUGUCGACGACCAGCUAGCCGAUUUGGCUGACCAGAUGGUCGACCAUGGAUUCCAUGUGGGUCCAGAUCAAACUCCAGCCAUUGCAUCGCAUUCGGAGUUUGAUCUGAACACACAAUUGGCUUUCGGGGCGGCUGGUGUUACACCGACAAUUGAAAAGGGACGCGACCGCCUGUUUUCUGGAGACAAGCCCGUAUUGGAACCUGUUGUGGAAGGCAGUACUUCUGAAAUCAUGAAUCAAGAAAAACAAUCCAGCGAUGAUGAAAUUGUUGAUCUUGAAGCUGGAUCCCAGAAUCCUCCUCAAGCAACAAGCAAAAACUCUUUCAAAGAUUUAACGCAGCGCACUGAAUCCGAUUCAAGUGGUAUGAAGGGAAGCAACCCGUACAAUUCGCCUCUUUCUAAUAUGACAGAAAAAGUCAAGAGCGAUGUGGCAUCCUGGAAAUAUUUGUGCCGUCCGCAACAAGCUACCAUCAAGAAGUACAUCAAAAUCAUGCUGUACAUUGUCUUGCCGUUGGUUGGAGUUGCUGGUUUACUAUAUUACUUUUUGGACAAUCCCACCACCAGCAGCAGCGAAGGACAAAGUGUGUCAUGGGUAAUAUUGUUUGUGGUUCGACUAUCGGUCACUUUGACAAUUGCGUUGGCGAUUCAAGCAUUGGUGAUUGACCUACUGUGUGUCCAAACGCGUAUCAUUCCACGCCUAGUGGGACCACUGUUUACCCUUUGGAUUGUCCAAUCCCAAGGAUGGCCAUUUGUCAUUUUUAUGUGGUCCAUUCUCAAUUUCGGCAUGUUGUAUGGUCAGAGCGCAUUUGCUGCCCAUUGGUUAUUCUGGCAAGAUACUGUUCCGCUCUUUAGUGAGGCCAAUCCUGCUGGUGACGUUGUUUACAGUGAUAUGUACAGGAUUAUUCUGACAAUAGGUGCGACGGUCCCAGUCGCUGUUUCUGUGAAACGUUUGGCUGUGGGCCUCUUUUUAGGUCGCAAAUCAUUUUUGCAUUUCGGUGAAUCACUUGCAAAGGUGAUGGACAAAAUGUUGCUCGUCAGUCAAGUCGCCAAGCUUGCAAGGCAAAGGACAUUGCAAAGAGGAAGUACCGACAUGACUGCAUAUCAGGAUAUGCUGAACCAAGACGACGACGGAAGCAGUACAAGAAACGGAAAGGCUCUUGAACUCGUGGAAUCAGAAAAACACAAACUGGCUCAGAUGUUAGAUCGUUGGGAGGAACCAGAAAGGCGGUCUACUGGACACAAGAAAGCUUCGAUUGCAGCCGUUUUGCGCUUUCGGAAUGCACUGGCUCUCAUUCACAACGACUACCCUUUUUCGUUUGCAUUUGGCCCUGCCAGUAAUCGCAACGAAUGUGUGGAAUCCGCCCAAAAUGUCUUCAAGCAGCUACUAGCGCAAGGCGAGACUAAUGUCGAGUUCGAAACCAUCGCAGCGUCGUUAGCAGUUAGAGAAGGCCACCUUCUGAGUCCAGAGCGGGUGAAAAGUCUCAUUCGAGUCUUCCGUCCAAAUCGGGAUGGAACCCUGUCGGUGCUUGAUUUUGUCAAGAGUGUCGAUGCCGUGUAUAAGGAGUUCCGUCUUCUCCAAGCGUCCAUCGAAAACUCAGCUCAGAUCGAUCGAGCCUUUGAUGCAAUCUUUGAUACCAUCUUCUACGUACUUGUGGUCGUAAUCAUCAUGUCGCAGCUUGGACUCGAUCCGAUGGCAAUGUUCCUUUCUCUAUCGAGUGUGCUUCUAGCGUUCGCCUUUGUGAUUGGGCCUGCUGCUUCCAAGUACUUUGAAGGUAUCUUGUUCAUUCUUCUCCGCCGUCCAUACAACAUUGGAGACUUGAUCUGUGCAACCAACCUCCAGGCUGAACCAGGCUUGAUGGGAAAUAUUGGAUGGUAUGUCCAAAACGUUACCCUUUUUGAAACCACCAUUACAUGGUUACCAACAAUGGAAACUGCAUCCGUGGCAAAUGGAGCGUUAGCUUCCAGUCGCAUUGUCAAUUGGGCACGAAGUCCGAAUGCCCGAUUUGUCAUCAAUUUGUAUUUCCCCAUCGAGACCAAGUAUGAGACACUGACAUUGUUCCGCGGAGCCCUUGAAGAGUAUAUGAAGGCCCGACCUCGGGAAUGGCUUGCCUUUAACGCCUUGCGUGUCUUGGGUGUCUAUACUGAGAAGGGGUAUAUUCUAAUGGAACUCGUCGUCCAGCAUCGAGAAGCCUGGCAAAACGCGGGAGCUGUCUAUGAUAGUCGUGGGAACUUGGUCAGUUUCUGUAAUGAAGUGCAGAAACUUCUUGGAAUGCAAUUCAAGAAACCACCGCUACCUGUUGACAUUCGCAACGGAAGUGCGUUGGAAGCCUUGGAUGCUAUGGGACAGGAGCGCGGUCCAACUAUUGGAGCCCCCGACAACAAUGAUGGAGGCACAGAGCAGGCCGCUCGGGCAAGGUUCCGUCAAACCGCAGAGACGAAGCACAAGAUGUUCUUCUAA